AUGACUAAAGAGACAACAGGAAAUCAGUCAGAGAUAAACAUAUUUACAAUGCAGUGUUUUUCAGAGAAAACUGAGCUCCAAGUUCCUCUCUUCAUAGUCUUUCUGCUUAUCUUCCUCAUCAUUAUACUUGGUAACAUAGUUAUUUUUGCAACAAUUAUUUCCAGUUCCCACCUGCACACCCCGAUGUAUGUUUUCUUGUGUGUCCUUUCAUUUCUGGACAUUUCCUAUGCCUCUACAACUCUACCAAAGCUUCUGGUCAUGCUCUCCACUCAACGGAAGAUUAUAUCAUUUGUAGGGUGCAUCACUCAGCUCUAUUUUUUCCUUUCCUUUAUUUGCACGGAAUUCCUUCUUCUUGCUGCCAUGGCCUAUGACCGCUAUGUUGCAAUUUGUCGCCCACUUCAUUAUACGUUACUUAUGAGUCUGAAAAACUGUGUGAAGCUUCUAGCAGCCUCUUGUAUUGUUGGAUUUUUAGACCCUUUUAUAUUUGCUUUAUUAAUAGCAAACUUGUCUUUUUGUGCAUCUCAUAUCAUUGACCAUUUUUUCUGUGAUGUAAGCCCAGUUCUAAAGCUGACCUGCAGCGACACCUCCACCUUGGAAAUUUUAAUCUACAUCAACGGAGCACUUGUUGGCUCUAGUGCAUUCAUUCUGACUUCAACCUCUUACAUUUUUAUCAUCUGUUCAAUAAUGAGGAUUCAAUCAUCCCAUGGACAACAAAAAGCCUUUUCUACUUGCGCGUCCCACCUGAUGUGUGUUCUCAUUUUUUAUGUCACAAUUAUCUGCUUGGAUACAAGACCCAUAAAAGCUUUUAAUCCAAAGCAGGACAAAUUCUUUUCUCUUCUGUAUAUGACCUUAAUCCCUUUGCUAAAUCCACUUAUUUAUACCUUAAAAAAUAAAGAUUUUAAAGAUUCUUUAAGGAAACUGGCAACUAAAAUACAUGCACACUCAAAGUGUAACGCCGUAAAUUAA